UUUUAUACUAAUUUUUUUAAUGAAUUUUAUAUAAUAAAGGACGAAAGCUUUGCAACUGCGGACUGCCAAUGACCUUGAUUAUCUGGCGAGCCUUUAUCGUUCUCAAAAAUAUUUGAUCUCGAAGAAGGACUCACAGCGAUGGCGAGUGAAGAAGAGAGAGCUCUAGAGAAUCAGCUGGAGCUUCAGUUACAGGAGCAGAAAGAUUCACUUGCUGCCUUGGAUGAUGCUCUCGCCUCUGACCCCUCCAAUGCCGAGCUCCUCUCGGUUCAAGAGGAGCUUGUUCAGACAAUUAAAGAUGCAGAGGAUGGACUUCUGCACCUAAAGCGUGCACGUUUAUUGCGGGAAGUUGAUUCCGCACUCGAUGAUUCUAAGCAAUCUGCUGAUUAUGUCAAGGUAGAGCCUCUUGAUCCAAAUGAUGUUGAACCAGAGCCACUGGAGGAGCAAAGUUACUCUGUUGGAUCAAAAUGUAGAUUCCGUUACAAUGAUGGACGAUGGUAUAAUGGUAAAAUUAUUGGGUUGGAAGGUUCUAAUACAGUGAAGAUCUCUUUCCUUACCCCUACCUCAGAAAAUAUGAUGAUAUGCAAGUUUUUUCUGCAACAACGAUGUCGAUUUGGUACUAACUGCCGCUUAUCGCAUGGGUUUAAUGUGUCAUUAUCUUCUCUGAAGAAGCACAUCCCAACAAUGUGGGAUCAGUCAUUGGUGGGGUCCAGUAUUUGGGCAGCUUCGGAUAAUAAUGCUGGCAUUUGGAGGAAAGCUGAACUUGAAUCAUGGGAUGAUGAACUCAGAGUAGGGAAGGUUGUUUUUCGUGAUGAUGGAAGCUUUGCAAAGCUUGGGAGUGAUGCAAUGACUUUGUCUGAGUAUGCUUUAAUGAGUGAUGAAGAGGAAAGUGAUUCAAGCUCAGAACAAUCUGAUUCUAGUGAUUGUGAAGAGGAGGGCACACAAGGCUUAGGAUUUCUCGAGAGCAGCACUCUACAAAGAGGCAUACAAACAGAAACUGCCAUAUUUGCCAAGUGGGAAAAUCACACCCGGGGCAUAGCUUCGAAGAUGAUGGCAAACAUGGGCUACCGUAAUGGAAUGGGUUUAGGUGCAUCUGGGCAGGGAAUGUUGGAUCCCAUUUCUGUGAAGGUCCUCCCAGCAAAGCAAUCGCUUGAUCAUGCUAUACAAUCUCAGAAGGAAGAAGAGAUCAAAGAGGAUCAGGGGAGGAAGCGGAGCAGAGGUGGAAAGAGAAAACGCGAGAAGAAGUUUGCUGCUUUGGCUAGGGUCGCAGAAGAAGAAGAGGAAAUGGGACCAGAUGUUUUCAGUCUUAUCAAUAAUCAACUGGCUAUGCAUAGUGAGGCUUUGAAUGGAGGGUCUGCUAAGAAGCAUCAAAAUAAAGGCUCUGGAGAGAAGAAAGUGGACAGACGUGUUCUGGUUGCAUACGAUGAUGAGGUGAAGGAGUUGAGAAUGCGAGUGGAAAAGCUUGAAGAGAUGGCAAGUAGAAACAAAAAGGAGAAGGUGGUUUAUGAGGCUGCCAUGAGGAAGUUGAAUGAGACUCGCAAAGCUUUGGCAGAAGCUGAGGCUGCUCAUGCUUCUGCGUCAAAUGCAGUUGCGAGUAAAGAAAAAGAGAAGAAAUGGCUCAAGUUUUGAGGUGAUAAUAUCAAUGUUGUUGUGUAAUGCAAAGUUAUCCAAGUGCAUGGAUAGACCAAAAAUUAUUGCAUGAUAGUUUAGAGACUAGUCAUUGUUUUGCUGAGAUCAUUUAUAGAUGAACAAAGGGUUCGACAGUA